UGCGUGUGACAGUCUAAAUGAAUAGAGGCGUCAGUGUGAGUGUGUGUAUUUGUGUUUGUGUGGACACCAGGAGGAAUCUAUGCUCGCUGUGUUUUACUCGCCCUGUCAAGUCAAAGACAGCCCUAUGUGUUUUUAUCAAACUUCCUCCUCCGCGCUCUUCCCUGUCACUGUUGAAAAGGGAGCGCGUUUGCCCGUGUGUGUGUUGUGAUUGCCGAAAGGGAAAUACGCAACAGGAUUGGCCUGAUGGGUAUCCACUCUGCAGCAAAGCCGUCUCUCCAGGGGCACUUGUAGGAUGUCUUCCAAGCGACCAGCCUCUCCAUAUGGGGGGACAGAUGGAGAGAUAACCAUAGCAACCAACAGACAGCGAGUGGAGGAUGAGGAGUAUGAAGGACUGGGCGGUGUCAUUCACCUCCCCUUGGCCUCCUACUGUGGCAAGGUGUCCCCUCGCUCACCCCCUAUCCGCAACUUGGACAGCCCCCUCAGCAUGGAGCAGGAUGGCACGAAGGGGAACUCUCUGAGUCCUUACCCCCAGCACAACGCUACCUCACCUAGCAAAGAGGAGGGCAGCGGUGGGGGGCGGCCCUGCAGUGAUGGGAGUUUGACCGCCGGCGCCCUGGGGACCCCCGAGAGACGCAAGGGCAGCCUGGCGGAUGUCGUGGACACACUGAAACAACGAAAGAUGGAGGAGCUGAUAAAGAACGAGCCAGAAGAGGCCCCCAGCAUCGAGAGGUUGUUGUCAAAGGACUGGAAAGACAAACUUUUGGCCAUGGGCUCAGGGCACAUCGGAGAAAUCAAAGGUACCCCAGACAGCCUGGCGGAGAAAGAGCGCCAGCUCAUGGGCAUGAUUGGCCAGUUGAGCAGCCUGAGGGAGCAGCUCCUCGCGGCCCACGAGGAGCAGAAGAAGUUGGCGGCCUCACAGAUGGAGAAGCAGAGGCAGCAGAUGGAGCUCGCUAAGCAACAGCAGGAUCAGAUUGCCCGGCAACAGCAGCAGCUUCUGCAACAGCAACACAAAAUCAACCUCCUGCAGCAACAAAUCCAGCAGGUCCAGGGCCAACUCCCCCCAUUGAUGAUUCCUGUUUUUCCUCCGGACCAGAGAACUCUGGCGGCAGCUGCAGCCCAGCAAGGUUUCCUCAUGCCCCCCGGGUUCAACUACAAGCCUGGCUGCAGUGAUCCCUACCCUCUCCAGCUCAUCCCGACAACCAUGGCUGCAGCUGCUGCUGCUGCCACACCGAGCCUGGGACCUCUACAACUCCAGCACCUGUAUGCCGCUCAGCUGGCGGCAAUGCAGGUUUCACCUGGAGCCAAGCCACAUGGAGGCAGUCUGCCACCCCAGGCCAACCUCGGAACUCACUCCCCACCCACAAACAGUCACCCACAGAACGACAAGAGUCGCAGUCCCCCUCCACCAAACAAGACCAAGGACAGUGAGGGUGCACAGCCACUGAACCUGUCGGCCAAGCCUAAGGCAUCCGAGAGCAAGUCACCCAACUCCCCCCCAACUUCCCCACAGGUCCAUGCUGCUGCAGCCGCCAAGCUGGGCCCCACCGGCUCCAUGAAGCACAGUGUCGCCCCGUCAAGUGUCGGAGGACCGCCGGGCAGAAUCAGCUCAAUAGACUUGUUGUCAUCGUUGUCCUCGGGAGCUUAUCUGAACGACCAUGAGGCGGUCACCAAGGCCUUUGCCGAGGCCCGGCAGAUGAAGGAGCAGCUGAAGAGAGAGCAACAAGUCCUGGAUGCCAAGGUGGCCGCCGUCAGCAACCUCAGCCUCAACAACGGGCGCUCAGACAAGGACAAGGCUGCGUUGGAGAGUCUGAGUCAACAGCUGAAGCAGCAGGCGGAGGACAAGUUCAGCCACGCCAUGCUGGACUUCACCAUGAGCGGCGACUCUGACGGCUCCCCCAGCGUGUCGGACUCCAGAAUAUUCCGGGAGGCACGGGGUCGGAACAGCAACGAGCCUCACAUCAAACGGCCGAUGAACGCCUUCAUGGUUUGGGCCAAAGAUGAGAGGAGAAAGAUCCUGCAGGCGUUCCCGGACAUGCACAACUCCAACAUCAGCAAGAUCCUCGGCUCACGCUGGAAAGCCAUGACCAACCUGGAGAAGCAGCCGUACUACGAGGAGCAGGCUCGCCUCAGCAAGCAGCACCUGGAAAAAUACCCAGACUACAAGUACAAGCCGCGGCCCAAACGCACCUGCCUGGUGGACGGCAAGAAGUUGCGUAUCGGUGAAUACAAAGCCAUCAUGAGGUCCCGCCGGCAAGAAAUGAGGCAAUACUUCAGCGUGGGACAACAGAGUCAACUGCCCUUGUCCUCAGCGGGCGUGGUGUACCCGGGCGCUCUGUCCAUGGCGGGAAUGCCCUCGCCACAGAUGCCCUCAGAGCAUUCGAGCAUGUCCAGCAGCCCGGAGCCCAACGCCAACCACCACCAGACCCAGCAGCUGACGGGCCUGAAGGGGGAGGAGCCUCGCAUCAAGGAGGAGGAGCUACGGCUGGACGACAGCAACGGCGACGCGUAUGACGACUUCGACUAUGACGACGAGGAAGCUGAUUACGCAAGCGACAACGAGAACCAUAUCAUCCAAUAGGACACCGUUACAGCCUCUUAUUUUCUAAGCUGAUCCCACUUGGUGAAUCCCACAAAAAACAAAAACCCAAAAACCGCAAAUCAGGAAGAAAACUUUAUCUUUUGUCAAUCACACCUUCAGCUCCAAUCUCACAAAACCUGCAGCUUUUCCAUCCCCCACCAAAAAACUAACCAGGACUCUCUCGUAGAGCCAAGCCCCUCCCACUGGAGUCCUGAUACCAGCAUCGGACCAAUCAAAUGAAGCACAGGACCUGUCACUCACACUGACUGUUACACAAACUGGAGUCUCAGAGGACGAGGCAGAGACGAUCUAGCCGGCUCUGAAGCUCGCUGCGGAAUAUUCGAGUACUACUGGGACAUACUGAGUGUGAAAACCGAGAGUGAAGAGAAACGAUACCCUUUGUACAAAAAAAGAGACAUUUAAAAAGAAAAACACACAAAUGAAGGACCUGUUAAAGGACAACAGAUGACACUUUAAGAUGGCGGACCUGUUUAUUAUCAAAAGACACUUUAAAGAAAAAACAAAACAUCUUUUUUUGUUCUUGGUUCUAUAAUAUUCUCACUCAGGUACACGGUGCCAAUAAGUGGCUUGUGAAUGUGAUUUGUUGUUUUUGUGCUACAAGUUUGAAUAAUAAUAGA